UUACUGGAUAGGGAGCGUAUUGGGUGGAGCCGUAACAAAAUAAUAAUAAACCCCAAUAAAAAACCACACAAAAUAUCAGCCAAUCUGAAGAACGUGGCUAGCGAUAAUACAUAUGCAGUAACCCAAACAAUCUGUCCACUUAUUUCUGUGCUAGCCAGAUACCGAUCGAUCUCCACCAACAACUGCCGCAAUCACCGCUAAACCGAUGGCAGAUCACGGCGGCGGCUGUUGUCCUCCGAUGGAUCUCUUCCGUUCAGAGCCGAUGCACUUAGUUCAAGUCAUUAUUCCGAUCGAAUCCGCUCGAACAACCGUCUCCUACCUUGGAGAUAUCGGUCUCAUUCAAUUCAAAGACCUGAAUGCAGAAAAAAGCCCUUUCCAGCGGACUUAUGCGAGUCAGAUUAAAAGAUGUGCAGAAUUGGCACGAAAGCUGCGUUUCUUCAAAGAUCAAAUGUCAAAGGCAGAUGUCAAAUCAUCAGCGAAGUCUGAGGCCAAAGCUGAAUUUAAUCUGGAUGAACUGGAGAUAAAGCUUGGUGAACUUGAAGCCGAGCUUACUGAAGUCAACGCGAAUAACGAAAAGUUGCAGCGCGGCUAUAAUGAACUUUCAGAAUAUAAACUUGUUCUGCAAAAGGCUGGCGAGUUUUUUAAAGCUGCGCAAAGCAGGGCUGAAGUUCAGCAGACAGAAGCUUCAUCACAACAGGCCGCUGAAGAAUCUUUGGAAACUCCUCUAUUGAAGGAUCAGGAUUCAACAGCUGAUCAAGGGAAACAAGUGAAAUUAGGGUUCGUCACUGGCCUUGUGCCCAAAGGAAGAUCUUUGGCUUUUGAAAGAAUCUUAUUCCGUGCUACAAGAGGAAAUGUGUUUCUGAGGCAAUCUUCUGUGGAUGAAGCUGUUAUUGAUCCUAAUUCAGGAGAAAAGGUUGAGAAAAACGUUUUUGUGGUUUUCUUUUCUGGAGAAAGAGCGAAGAGCAAAAUUCUCAAGAUAUGUGAAGCGUUUGGGGCAAACCGCUAUCCUUUUGCUGAAGAUUUGGGCAAGCAAGCCCAAACGAUACUUGAGGUAUCUGGGAAGCUAUCUGAGCUGAAAACAACAAUAGAUGCUGGACUUUUGCACCGUGCGAAUCUGUUGGAAACCAUAGGAAAACAAUACGAACAGUGGAGUGAGCUGGUUCGGAAGGAAAAAUCAAUCUAUCACACGCUAAAUAUGCUUAGCAUUGAUGUAACAAAGAAAUGUCUUGUGGCUGAAGGCUGGAGUCCCACAUUUGCCACCCAACAGAUUCAGGAUGCACUGCAGCAGGCGACAGUUGACUCAAAGUCUCAAGUUGGUGCCAUUUUCCAAGUUUUGCACACAAAAGAAUUGCCUCCAACCUAUUUCAGGACAAAUAAGUUUACCGAGUCUUUUCAAACAAUCGUUGAUGCAUACGGUGUUGCCAAAUACCAAGAAGCAAAUCCUGGAGUAUAUACUGUUGUCACAUUCCCUUUCCUGUUUGCUGUGAUGUUUGGUGAUUGGGGGCAUGGUAUAUGUAUCCUGCUGGCAUGUUUAUUUUUAAUAUUCAGAGAGAAGAAAUACUCGAGUCAGAAGCUUGGAGACAUAAUGGAAAUGACGUUUGGUGGUCGUUAUGUUAUAUUGUUGAUGGCCCUCUUCUCCAUCUACACGGGUUUGAUAUAUAACGAGUUUUUCUCGGUGCCUUUUGAGUUAUUUAGUCCCUCAGCAUAUGUCUGCCGUGAUGCUGCGUGCAGUGAGGCUACCACCAUAGGCCUGAUAAAGGCGCGAGGUACAUACCCGUUUGGUGUGGAUCCCGCAUGGCACGGGAGUCGAAGCGAAUUGCCAUUUCUCAACUCUCUAAAGAUGAAAAUGUCGAUUCUUCUUGGGGUAGCACAAAUGAACCUUGGAAUAAUACUCAGCUUUUUCAACGCUCUAUACUUUCGGAAUCCCGUCAAUGUUUGGUUUCAGUUUAUUCCCCAGAUGAUAUUUUUGAAUGGCCUGUUUGGUUAUCUUUCCGUCCUAAUUAUCGUAAAGUGGGUCACUGGUUCACAAGCUGAUUUAUAUCACGUAAUGAUAUACAUGUUCCUUAGCCCAACUGACGAUCUUGGUGAAAAUCAGCUUUUCCCAAACCAGAAGACAGUUCAGCUUGUGCUACUACUGCUCUCUCUAAUUGCUGUCCCAUGGAUGCUGCUACCCAAACCUUUCAUUUUAAAGGCACAGCAUAACAGGAGACAUCAAGGUCAGUCCUACACACCCCUUGAAGGGACGGAAGAAUCUUUGCAGGUGGAGGCGGGUCAUGAUUCACAUGAUCAUGAAGAAUUUGAGUUCAGCGAAGUAUUUGUUCAUCAACUCAUUCAUACGAUAGAGUUUGUACUUGGAGCAGUGUCGAAUACAGCUUCAUACCUUCGUUUAUGGGCACUCAGCUUGGCACAUUCGGAGUUGUCAACUGUGUUCUAUGAGAAGGUUCUGCUUCUUGCUUGGGGGUACAAUAAUUGGAUUAUUCUUGGUGUGGGCAUAAUUGUGUUCAUAUUUGCGACGGUUGGAGUAUUGCUAGUGAUGGAAACCUUAAGUGCGUUUUUACAUGCGUUAAGGCUCCACUGGGUGGAGUUCCAAAACAAGUUCUAUGAAGGAGACGGGUACAAAUUCGCGCCCUACUCGUUUGCAUUACUGGGUGAUGAUGACGAAUGACCAAAUCGCCAUCCUCAAACCUUCGCAAUCAGCAGUCAUGCUGGUUCUGCAUAUUUGCAUGUGUGAUUUUACUUUUUUUGAUUCUUCAGUUUAAACAAUAUUUAAGUUGGAUAGCAAUAUUUGAGCAUUGGUUCCAUCAAUAAGAAGCAUUCUAGUGAAAGCAUGUGCCUUUUAGCUCAUGUGAAGUGCUAUAACAAUUUGUAUCCAUGGCUUUUUGGUAAUAAUGAUUUGUUUAUUUAUGUAAA